CUGUACAUCCAGACCACCACAUUGACCAUCUCCAUGAACCUGAGCGCGUCCGUGGCCCUCGGGAUGCUCUACAUGCCCAAAGUUUACGUCAUCAUCUUCCACCCGGAGCUCAACGUGCAGAAGAGGAAACGCUCCUUCAAAGCUGUCGUCACGGCCGCCACCAUGUCGUCCCGACUCUCCCACAAAGCCAGCGACAGACCAAACGGGGAGGCCAAGACGGAGCUGUGUGAGAAUGUCGACCCCAACAGUCCGGCAGCGAAGAAGAAAUACGCGCUGAAUGAUGGGAACUUCCACAGACAAACCCAUUCACUCACUAACUCUCAGUCUGAACUGUCAGAGACUGAUCUGAUUGCAUCUCAGGGUGAGAAACAGCAGAAGGGACACAUUGGGGAUGGAUGA